AUGGCAACUUCAAAACCUCUUUUAAACGUUUUGGCUCAGUCUACCCCAUUGGGCCAUCUCACUGUCCCUGGUAAACUCCCUAAUUCUCAUGUCAUUAAGGAUUCUACCUCAGGCUACAAUUCUAAACCCUUUGCAGGCAAGGAAGCUCAAUUGGAUGCUGUAAUGGAUGAAAUCGAUCGUCAAGGCUUUAUCCCAGAACAUCUUAUUGAAAAUGAAACUAACUGGUUCUACAAUAGUCUCGGCAUUGAUGACAUGUACUUUGCCACCGAGUCGAUAGAAAACAUUGUUAGCCAUAUCAACUCUCUCUAUGCUGCUAAGGUCGCUGCUUAUGCUCGUGACGACAAAAAACUCGACAUUCAUCUUGACCGCGAAUCUGAAAAUCACGCUGUUUACAUUGGCACUUCAACACCAGGCGUCUCAAAUCUCUCGGGCAAUGGCUAUGAGGAACGCAUCGAUAACAAGUAUCUCAAUUCAUCCACUCCAGAAAAGGCUUAUCGGGUAGAAACUUUCCGUGCUACCAACCCCACAAAUACCUCCACCUUUUCAGCUACUUUUAAAGCAAAAAAAUCUGACAGUGAAGAACCUGAAGAUUCUUCAAUCUCUUCUGAAGCUGAAAACGUCCGCUGUUACUUUGUCUACAAGUGUGACUUUUUCGAAAACAAUGUGGCUGAAGAUGAAACCGAUUUGGCUAAAAUUUCAGACAAGGCCUUUUUCGAAAAGGCAACUGAAAAUACAAAGUUCAUUUACAAAAAUAUCAUCUCCCAAGUCGUUAAGCGUACUGGCCCCGUCAUUGAACAGUACCAAGUCGAUGGAACUGAGGAACGUCGCGUCAUUAUUGCUUACCGCCAGAAAACUGCUCCUGGUUACUUUUCUGCCCUUUCACAUCUUUAUCACUACUAUGGCCUGCACUCCACUCGCAAGUACGUCGAGCAGUUUAGCAAUGGUGUCACUGUCAUUUCAAUUUACUUAGUCCCAACUCACUUUGCCCAAACUGCUCACACUCUGGAAGAACUCAAGGCUCUUAAAAAGUACCCACCAAUCGAGCAUUCUAUUCAUCAAGUCACCAAGGAAGCCUCUCUGCUUUACUGUAUCCCGCAAAACAAUUUCCAAAAACUCUUUGCUGGUGGUGAACUUUCUCUUCAAGAGUCUAUCUACGCACACUCGGUUUUUAUCUUUGUUACACAUUUCCUUAACCGUUUGGGUAACGAGUACUCCACUUUGCUUCACAUCCUUGACCCCAAUAAUACAGCUCACCUCGAGGUUUUGGAGAAUCUCAAGCGUCGUCUUCGUCAGGAAACUUUUACUCGAGCUUACAUUGAUGAACUUAUGCAUUCCCAGAUUGACUUGAUCCGCCAGCUUUACCUCCAGUUUGCCAAUGUUCAUUAUGUUCAAUCCCGUGGUGAAGGAAACAACUUUUUGCCCACUCUCUCCUACCAGCGUAUCCAAACUGCAAAGGUUUAUCCCUUGGACGAGCUUAAGGAUUUGAUUCACCGUGAGUGCACUAAUGAGCAUCAAGUCACUGUCUUUGAAGCCAUUCUGGAGUUUAACACUCACGUUCUCAAAACAAACUUUUACACCCCAACAAAGGUGGCUCUCUCAUUCCGUCUUAACCCGGAAUUCUUGCCUAAGAGCGAGUAUCCCCAACCUCUUUAUGGUAUGUUCUUGGUUGUUGGCCAAGAGUUUCGCGGAUUCCAUCUUCGUUUCCGUGACGUGGCUCGUGGAGGUAUCCGAAUUGUCAAGAGUCGCAACGCUGAAGCAUACUCUAUCAAUGCUCGCUCACUUUUUGACGAGAAUUAUAACUUGGCCAAUACCCAGCAGCGCAAGAAUAAGGAUAUCCCUGAAGGUGGCUCCAAGGGUGUUAUUUUGCUUGACUAUGCCCACCAAGACAAGGGCACCCAGGCAUUCCAAAAGUAUAUUGACUCGCUCUGUGAUUUGUUGCUGAUUGGCAAUACUCCUGGUAUCAAGGAACCCAUUGUGGACUUACUUGGCAACAAGGAAAUUCUCUUUAUGGGUCCCGACGAAAACACUGCUGGUCUCGUUGAUUGGGCAACUAUCCAUGCCAAGAGACGCGGUGCUCCAUGGUGGAAGUCUUUCUUCACUGGUAAGAGUCCUACUCUUGGUGGCAUUCCUCAUGACAAGUAUGGUAUGACUUCUCUUUCUGUCAGAGAGUACGUCAAGGGUAUCUACCGCAAACUCAAUAUCGACGGCUCCAAGGUGUACAAGAUGCAGACUGGUGGUCCCGACGGUGACUUGGGCUCUAACGAGAUUUUGCUCUCUAAUGAGAUUUAUGUCAGCAUUGUUGAUGGUUCUGGUGUGCUUCACGAUCCUAAUGGAUUGGACCAUGAUGAGCUUGUACGCUUGGCCACAAAGCGUGUCAUGAUUUCCGAAUACGAUGUUUCCAAACUGAGCAAGCAGGGUUAUCGUGUCCUUGUUGACGACAAGGACGUGACACUUCCUGAUGGCGAGGUUGUCCAGAAUGGUACCACUUUCCGCAACUUGUACCACUUGCACGGACUCAAGAAUGGCACAGUCGAGAUGUUUGUGCCAUGUGGUGGUCGUCCUGAAGCUAUUGACAUUAACAAUGUUGAGAAGCUGAUUGGCGAUGACAAGAAGGCCCUGAUUCCUUACAUUGUUGAGGGUGCCAACUUGUUUAUUACUCAGAGUGCCAAAUUGAGACUGGAAAAGGCUGGAUCAAUUGUAUUUAAGGAUGCUUCUACCAAUAAGGGUGGUGUUACUUCGUCUUCACUUGAAGUCCUGGCUUCGCUUGCAUUUGAUGAUGCUGGAUUCUAUAAGAAUAUGUGUAUUAGCAAUGGUACUGAGCCUGCUUUCUACACUGAAUAUGUUUCUGAAGUGCAGGCCAUUAUCCAGCGUAAUGCCCAUUUGGAAUUUGAAGCUCUAUGGGCAGAGCACGAAAAGACUGGCAAGCCACGCUCUGUUCUUAGUGACGAGUUGUCGUAUGCCAUUAACGAUUUGACUGAGGAGCUUAGUGCGUCGAACAUGUGGGAGGAUGAACUGUUCCGCAAUGGUAUUUUGUCGGAGGCUCUGCCCAAGGUUUUGCAAAAGGAGAUUGGUUUGGACGUGAUUUUGGAACGUGUUCCAGGAAACUAUCUGCGUGCUAUUUUUGGAAGUUACCUUGCUGGUCGUUUCAUUUAUGAAAAGGGUCCUAACCCUGGUCAAUUUGCAUUUUUCGAAUACAUGGUUGAGAAGAGACGCGCGUUGGGCAUUUAA